UUUUUUUUUUUAACUUGGCCAAUAAUAGAAACUGUUUUAUGCAAUUUGGAAUAAGAAAAUAAGCACCACUUUUUUUCUUGAAACACCAGGGAGACAUAUCUGAGGGAUGUGUGUGUAUGUGUGUGUGAGAGAGAUAGAAACAUUACCAUUUGUUACCAUUUAACAGGUAUGUAAACAAGGGAUGUGAAGCAGUUAGUAUGGCCUAACUUGUAGAAAGCUCCCUAAGACAGCAAUAUUAGAGAUGGAAUAGAGAGGAGAAAAAAAACAGGGAAAAGGUCCUAGACUUCUGCAGAAGUUACGGAGAAAGUUGAUUUAAAAAAGAAAAAAAAGUGCGAGUGUAAAGAAAGCCAAGUUCAAAAGAGAGAAUCAACAGGACUUGUUAUAGGGGCAUGUAAGAAUUCAAAUACAUAUUGCUAAUCUACUUUUAAGUGCCAUUAACUGAAACUGCAAACUUGAGGGGAGCAAGAAUUUUUAAAUGUGAUUAUUUAUUCUUUAAUCAUUCACUGAAUAUUUAUUGUACCAUUGUUAUUUGCCUAAUACUGUUUUAGGUGUCAGAGAUAGAAUUGUCCUUGGAAAUAGGAAAGGUCCCUGCCUAUUUGAGUUUAUACCCUAAUGGGAAAGUGCAAAACAGUCACUUUUGAUAGUAGUAAACUCUAUGAAGAAAAAAUAUGAAAUAGGAUAGGAGGUGAUUGGGAGCAACUUUAACUUAGUUGGUCAAGUUAGGCCUUUUUGGGAGUGACAUUUAUGUUGAGACCUUAAGGAUGACAAAGAACUAAUGAUGUGAUGAACCAUGGAAAAGUCAGAAAGACCAGUACAAAGAUUCUGAGAUAGGAAAGAAAUUAUUUAAAGAAUGUUAAAAAGACCAAUAUGACUAAAUGUCCUGAACAAGGGGAAGGGAGUUAGGAGAUAACAUUUGGAGUCAGAGAAAGAGGACAAGAUUGUGUGGCCUAUUGUAGGCUACACCUAGGAGUUUGAAUUUUAUUCCAAGUGAGAGUGGAACGUAUUAGUGAAUUUUAAGCCAGCAGAUGAUAGAUCUAAUUUUUAUUUCAAAAGAUUGCUUUGACUACUGAAUUUAGAUUGGACUUAAGGGAAGAGAUAAGAGUGAAAGUGAGAUUAGGGAAUAUUAUAGAAAUCUGCUUAUUUAUUUAUUUAUUUUAAAUACUAGGCAAGUGCUCUACCACUGAGCCUAGAAGUCUGCUUUGGGUAGGAAUGAUUAAGCUCCAUUUUAGUCUAUAUUGAAUUUGAUUUAUCUGUAGGACACAUGGAAAGCAACCUACCAGGAUAGCAAGCAGCUAGCUGAAAGUUCUGGAGGAAGAUCAGAAGUUCUCUAGAGAACUACAAUAAAUAGAAUUGUAUGAUUUCCUCAAAAGAGACCAUAUAGCUAAAUACUUAUGUUCAGACAUAGUCCACACAAGAUUAUGGACUAUAUCACAUGCAGUUUAAAUGGGGUGAGGUUUAAAAAGUCAGGGUGAAGCUUAAAAGUAACAUAAGUAUAGUAAGAAGAAAUGAAAUGGGGACUAAGGUCAGGGUUGAAGCAUCCUUGAUUUAGGGAAUAAAGAAAAAAAAGGAUUAAAGAGAGCAAUAGAAGUAGAGAGAAACUCUUUACUUCUCUCUACUUCUCUCACAUCCCAAACUGGAGUGUGAGGUGGUGGUAGUAGCGAAAGGGAAAAUUUGGUGCAAAAGAAGGUUUACAGCAUUUUCACAGAUUAAUCAGAUCUCUAGUAGGAUAAAGACUGAAGUCAUUGGUAUUAAGAAGACAGUGGUGACUAUUGUGAAAAGUCUCAAUAGAGAGGGAGAGGAGAAAGCUGGAUUGUAAUGAAUCCAAGAUUGAUAAGAGAGAAAGUGGGCAAUAAGAGUUUUACUACAUUUGAGAAGUUUAUCGAUAGGAAAUAGGGAUAAAACAGGAAGGUCUUAUUUAUGGAAAGUUAUUUUUUCUGACAAGUGAAACUUGAUCACUGGAAAAACCAAGGGGAUAAUAUGGAAGGGGAAGCAGGAAGUAUUAGAAAAGGAAUAAAAAUAUUUCAUAAGAUUUAUUGAGCUCUUACAAGGCAACUUUUACCAUGCUAGACACCGUCAUGUGUAUUUUUUCAUUUAAUCCUCAUAAUCCUGUUACUACCCAUUUUACAAAUGAAACAAUCUGGGGCUAUAAGCUAGUAAAAAUGGCGUAUCAAUGAAACCUAUUUCUCUAAUUGCCCUUCCAUUAUACCUGUAUGGAGAACACAAGUGAAGAUAAUCAUUUCGAGUCUCGCCUUGAAAGGACUUCUUACCCUGUUAUAAUGGCAGCCGAAGUGCAAAUGGUACUUUAUGAAGAUGAUUCAGUGCAGGUCCAGUAUGUUGAUGGUUCCAAAUUGCAGCUUUCUCCCUGUGGCUCUGAAUUUUUAUUUGAAAAGUCACCUCCUGUUUCAGCACACCCUUUAGAACAACCAGAAAGAAUUCGUCAAAGGACACACUUUGUUAUUAGCACUUACCGAGAGCAACUACAGCGAGCCCUAGAUUUUCGAAACUCUUCAGCUUCUUGCCUUUUUUUAUCUGAAAGCAUCAUACCUUCUGAAAGAAAAAAGUGCAUCUUCAUUGACAUCUCUGAAGUCAGAUGGCCCAGUCUCGAUCCAGAUGAUAGCAUGAUAUGUACAGAGAGUGGCACUGUGAAGAUAACAUCUUUAGAUGGUUAUGCAUACCUUUGCCUGCCCAAAUCUCAGCAUGAAUUUACAGUGCAUUUUUUGUGUAAAGUUAGUCAAAAGCUAGAUUCAGCUGUAGUAUUUUCAGAAAAAAAUAAUCAAGCCCCAAAAGGUGGACUAGUUGAAAAAAACAGCAAAAUCUUUACAUAUGGGACUUUAUCAGGACAAAGACUGAAGAAUAAAGAAAAUGAGCUUUAUUGCCAGGUCUUAAAAUCCAAAGAAACUUUAGGGAAGAUGAACUGUAUAAAUGGAAGUGAAGAAAGGGGAGAGCUGCCUUUUCCUGGUACAAAUCACCCAUAUGUAUACACAUGGGUAAAGCAGUGCUGGUCUGUCGCCUCCUGUCCAGAGGAAUGGAGAUACCCUUUGUCUUUAGCACUUCAUUUUCAAAAUAAAGUUAGCAACAUGUCUAAAACUGCAGAUAUCACGAGUAGAAUUUUAACUUCUGACGUUUCAGAGGAAAGAAGAAAAGAGGUUUCUGUUCUUCCCAGGACCCUGUUACUUAGCUGUUCUGCCCCACACCUGCACAGGUGGAAUUUUUGUGAUUCACUUGCACAGAGAGAGUCUGGUGAAGAAUAUUCCUAUCCUGAACUAGUGAAAGUGGUUUGGUAUAAGGGUGUCAUAUAUAGGCUUACUCAUAAAAAUGUGAACUCAAUAGAGAUUUAUCCUGGAGAUGGAUCUGUUUUCAAAUCAGAGGGAGCCUAUUUUGGGAACUAUUUUACAUAUUAUCCUAGUCCAGAAGGAUCAGAAGAGAGAGAAGAGAAAACUUACUCAGUAAAUAACCUCCCUCCAGAUAGACCAGGAAAUCCGUUCUCUGUAUGUUCUCUGAUUAAGCAGGCCACCAGAAUUCUCCAACAUUGUGCCAAGACGAGACUUUCUUUAAGUCAUAACUAUUGCAUAUGCUGCUGGAAAAUGAAAUCUGGAAUAAAUGAUAGCAAUAUAUUGCCUUUGCUUUUGCAAGAAUCAUUCAUACCCAACAUGGGAAGAUUUCUUGCCUACUCUGAUGACAAAGUACAUGCUAUCUUUGUAGAUGGCAUUACUGUAACCCUAAAUUGGAAUUUCAGCUCUUCUGUUGAAAAAGGACAGGUGAAUCAAGGUCUCAAGUUAGGUUGGUGUAAGUUAACUUUUCCUGAUGGACAAGAUGAGUUAAUUGAAAUUGAACACCCUGGACCAUAUGAAAGAUAUGUGACAACAGUAAUAUCAUGGUGCAGAAGACUUACCCAGAUUAGUCCAAGAGAGAUGCUCACACAUCCUUCAGCUUUUAUUCCUGAAGAAAAUUGGUCUGUUGCUUCUGAACUUGAAAAGAUACAGAAGUUUAACUUGCUACUGGAGAAUAGUGGUAUCCUAAACCAGAUUUCUAACAAGAAAAAUGAACAGUCUUCUGAUUAUUAUAAACCAAGAUCUUCAGAAACCUUGCUAGAAGAAUUUAAUGAAAAGAAAGUAUCAGUCGCAUUGGAAAAAACUUCCAAAAUUCUUCAGGAUAUUGAUUGUCUUUUAUCAAACUCUAAAAAGUGAAAAAUGGAAUUAUUAUUAAAUCUUGAGGAUGUUGUUUCAAAUGACUGGUACAAAAUUAUUAGUAAGCCAAGAAAUUGCAUGUAUUACUUCUACAUGACUAUGAGAAUUGACAAUUAACUUUGGUUGUAUUUUACCUAAUUUGCAAAAUUUUUAAAUACAUACAAUAAAUUUUAUUAAUAAAGAAC